AUAUCUAUAUGACGGAUUGUUCAAACUUUGACACAAUUCAUUCAAAAUUUGAAGUUACAAAUAUAUCCACAAAAUGCAUAAAUCUAUGGGAGAUCAACCACACAUUUUCAUUGACAAACCUGCAACCGAUAAAAUUGAAGGUAUAAUCACCGCUGGAGAAAGAAAAAGAAGAAAUGAUUGCGAUCUCAGAGCGAGAAUUCUUGCCAUGAAAAAUAAUAUCGACCAACUCAGAAAUGAACUUAACAACGAAAAAAAAAUGUUGGCUUUAGAAAGAUUGAAAAUUUUAGGCUGCUCUACAAGUAAGGAUAAUGGGAUGAGCUCCUCUGGAAUGGCAAAUUAUUCAAUUCAGCCGUCGGCAGUGCCAUCCAACCGAGCAAAUCCGAAAUAUAAAGUCAAUGCUAUACACUUAAGAAACAAGCUUGUUCUCCCUGAAUCUCCGAAACAGCACUUACAGAUGAUUGAACAGAAAUGUGAUAAUGAGAUGAUCAAGCUGCAAACGUAUAUUGACAGUAUCAAGCAUCUCAGAAGGUACUGGAGAAAUAUGAGUUUCGACAGAGAAUCUAAAAUGGCAUCGAGACCCAACACUUCAUCAAAAAGAAAAUCACAGUCCUCUAUCAACUGAUUGUCAAGAAUUUGCUUGUGGAAUGUUUUUUCGGUCUAUCUUGUAUGAUAUUUAAUAAAAAUUUUGACAUGUUU